AUGUCUAUGUUGAACCUAUCAGUGAUCGAGGACGUCACAGCUGGGCCAGCAGAAUCAACUGGAGCCGCCAUGGAUAAGGAUACGGAGAAGAUUGUCGUCAGUGUUAUUCUCAGCAUCUUCUGCGUCUUUGGAACAGUCGGUAAUGCAUUGGCUUUUCUCAUUUACUACCGGAAGCGAGAGAAAGGAACGUCCACCAUUUUUAUUCUGAGUCUGGCUGUGACGGAUUUCCUCACCUGUUUGAUUAAUCUUCCAUACACCAUCGUCUCUUUGUUGCUGGAUUACAGGCUUGAGUACGACAUCUUGUGCACGGUGUUCCUGUUCAUGUCAACAUUCAGCGUUCGGCUCUCAGCCGCCAACUGCAACAAGUGGACCUUUUCUGUCAAGUACAACAACGCUUUACGUCAACGGGCUCUUGGGCUAAUGGGAUUGCGUGCUGUGGAGUUUACAACGAUAGUCUUUUAUAUGUUUUAUAUCAACAGCGUCAUUAAUCCGGUGAUAUAUGCCUUUAUGAAUCGUACAUUUAGAGACGAUUUGUUUCAGCUGGUUAAAAACUGUUUUCGGCAUUAA